AUGUGUUCCAUCGCCGCCGAGAACGUCUUUGGCCCAACAGUGGCUCCAGACUGUCGAAAUGGGUUCGACUUUACUCUGCUGUUUGAGGAGGCAUUCUUUGUCAUUGCUCCUUGCAGUAUCCUUCUCUUGACUCUGCCGUUGCAGUUAUAUCGAUUAACGACUCAACGGCCUCAGGGAUCCUCCGCUGGUCCUGUUCUCUACGUAAAGCUGCUAAGCCAUCUCAUUUCCACGGUCGUCAAGGUCACGCUCCUCAUUCUUCUUGUCGUUCCCGACCUCCAUGUCCCCAAGACCCGUGCCACGAUCGCCGCCGCGGCGGUAUCUGCGGCCGCCUCUAUCGCUGCGCUUGCCCUGUCAUAUUGGCAGCAUCGUCGGUCGCCGAGGCCUUCAACUAUCCUGACGCUUUUUUUGGGCUCAUGUAUUCCCUUGGAUGCGGUUCGCGCUCGAACAAUUUGGGCAGUACAAACCAGGACAUUCUUUAUUGUCUUUGUUGUCGGUCUGGGAUGUGAUACCGUCAAGUUCGUCUUCGAAUGCCUGGAGAAGGCAAGACAUCAGCCCCAUGAUCUGGAUCAGCUGCCCCGUGAGACCACUGGCAACGUAUUCAAUCGGAAUUUCUUCUGGUGGCUCAAUCCGUUGCUGGUCCGCGGCUUCAAGGAGGUCCUGGAGGUCGAGAAACUGUCCGCCAUUGAUGAACGUGUGAACAAUGAGACGGACGCGGAUGUCUUUGCAAGGAAAUGGGACGCUGUCGUCUUCAAAUCGUCGUCGGCGCUGAUUCUCCUGCUUCUCGUCCACCAUCGGUGGGCUAUUGUCGCUGCGGUCAUUCCUCGUCUCGCGCUGACAGGUUUCACCUUUGCCCAACCUUUCCUGUUGACUAGAAUCAUUAGCUACAUCACUGAACCCAACGGCGCGCUGACUGCCGACUACGGCACCGGUCUCAUCGUCGCCACCGUCCUCAUCUACGUCGGCCUUGCCAUCACACAAGCCAACAAUCAACACAAGACAUACCGGCUUAUCGCCAUGAUACGCAACAGCCUUGUUCCCCUGGUGUACCGGCAGACCUUGCGUCUGGAUGUUGGUUCGGUCCGCGAUUCUGCCGCACUCACCCUCAUGAGCGUCGACAUUGAGCGUAUUAGCUCUGGGUUGCGAUAUGUUCACGAAAUUUGGGGCAGUCCAAUUGACGUCGCUCUUGCACUUUGGUUGUUGCAGCGACAGCUCGGUGUCGCUGCAGCGGCGCCGGCUGGUAUCUUUGUGGUAUGUAGUGUGCUUGGCCUCGGAGUUGCGAGCACCAUGGGAGCACGUCAGCGUCGUUGGCUCGAAGGCAUCCAGGAGAGAGUUCGAGUGACAUCGGAAAUGCUCAAAAGCAUGAAGGAGAUCAGGUUGAGCGGGUUGCAGGCUUCCAUGGCGUCGAAGCUACAAAGUCUGCGGGCCCACGAGAUUUCACAGUCGCGACCUUUCAAGAAGGCAUUGGUAGCUAUUGUGACAUUGUCUUUUACCACUGCCGCCUCCGGUCCCUUGUUGGCAUUCACAAUGUACACUCUUCUAGCCACGCGAGAUGGAACCCGUGCUCUCGACUACGACAAAGCGUAUACCUCCUUGUCGCUGUUGGCCCUGCUGCAGACUCCGAUGGCACUUAUUCUCGACGCCAUUGCCGGGGUAGUCACUGCUGUCGGAGCCUUGCAGCGCAUCGGCGAAUAUUUGGCUAAAUCUGCCGCAUGCGCUCCCGAGCAGGAUGGCGAUGCUGGAACAAGGCGGCUGUCAUCCCUGUUGCUGUCCUACCCCUCAUUCGGCGAAACGGAGAAACAGAGGGACACAAUCGUCUACAUGCGCGACUUUAGCGCCGGAUGGGACGAGAAGAAACCAUUUGUCAUCAAGAAUCUGAGCAUCGAGAUCCUCUCCUCGAGCAUCAACUUUGUCGUCGGACCCAUGGCGUGUGGCAAGACAACGCUGCUCCAUGCCGUCCUCGGUGAGACCGUCCACACCGAGGGCAUCGUGCAGGUGUCUCCCUCCAGAAUCAGCUUCUGUUCUCAGACGGCGUGGAUUAGCAAUGAUACGAUCCAGCGGAAUAUCCUUGGGACGAACCUCUUUGUGCAGGCCUGGUAUGACAAGGUGGUUGACACGUGUGCGUUGCGAGAAGAUAUCCGGAGUUUUCCUCAUGGAGACCAAGAGGUCAUUGGCAAUAGUGGAAUGACGCUGAGCGGAGGUCAAAAGGCACGAUUGGGAAUUGCGAGGGCUAUUUAUGCCCGGGAGAAGCUCCUCUUGCUAGACGAUGUAUUCAGUGGGUUGGAUGCAAAAACCGAAGAGCGCAUUUUCCACAACCUAUUUGGCGCCAAUGGACUACUCAAGGAGGGAGAUACAACUGUUAUUCUGGCUACAAAUGCAGUCCAUCGGAUCGCCUAUGCGGACAAUGUUAUAGUUCUCGACAGCAAUGGACGCCUGGCGGAUGAAGGUACUUACAAGGAGGUGAAUGCAUCGGCGAGUGAGAUCACGCUCGCGCCCGCGCCUAGUAUACCUGCGGAGAAGAGGGAGCCUCCUGGAGAGACAAUUAUGGGAACCUCGAGGCCGCCUUCCCUGAUUGAAACUCCUCAAGGAAGCGAACGGCGGACUGGGGACAUGACUGUCUACAAGUACUAUGUCCAAGCUGUUCACCCUUGGAAUGCGGUAAUCUUUGUCAUCGCAUGUGCCAUGUUUGUUAUUGGCCUCAGUUUACCUCAAUUCGUGGUGAAAUGGUGGCUUCAAACCAGCGAUGAGUAUACGAUCAGCCACCGGGGCCAGUUUUUGGGAAUCUACGCUGCACUGGCUGGUCUCUCCAUUGUCUCACUUGCCGUCGGCGCUUGGCAACUGACUGAGCGAAUGCUCGCCCGAGCCUCGACCCAUUUUCAUAACACCCUCCUAAGCACCGUCCUGAAUGCGCCCCUACGGCUGUUCUCAACGACAGACAUUGGCACCAUCAUCAACCGCUUUGCGCAGGAUCUACAAUUGGCAGAUAUGGAACUACCGCUGGCGCUGUUCAACACCACUGUCGAGCUGCUGAUGUGUGUGGCCCAGCUCGUCAUUAUCGCCGUGGCUUCGAAGUACAUCGGCAUCGCUCUACCGGCCCUGCUGGGUGUCUUUUAUCUUGUACAGAAGUUCUACCUCCGGACGGCCCGCCAGCUGCGUCUUCUUGACAUCGAAGCCAAAGCCCCCCUGUUCUCUCGCUUCCUCGAGGUGCUGUCCGGGCUGGUGACCAUCCGCGCCUUCGGAUGGCAGGACGAGUUCGAGCGCCGCAACCGCCAGGCCUUUGAUAUCUCUCAGAAACCCUUCUAUCUGCUGUUCUGUGUCCAGCGCUGGCUCAAUCUCGUCCUCGAUCUGGUGGUAGCAGCCAUCGCCGUGAUCGUCGUAGCCAUCGCUGUGCGCACAAAGGGCGGCGUUGACGCGGGAUUCCUCGGCAUUGCGCUGGUCAAUAUCGUGCAGUUCAGCAUCAGUAUCAAGACCUUGCUGUCCAACUGGACGCAGCUGGAGAUAUCCAUCGGCGCAGUGGCGCGCAUUCGCUCCUUUGCCAAAGAUACCACCUCUGAUGAGGAGGAGCGUUUGGAAGAAGACGCGCUCCGGAGCAUCCCGCCGUGCUGGCCUGUAAAGGGCCAUAUCGAGUUUCGGAAUGUGACGGCCGCAUACGAGGGCUCUGCGCAGAUGGUGAUUAAGGAGUUGAACCUCACGAUCCAACAUGGCGAGAAAAUAGCUCUGUGUGGGAGGAGUGGAAGCGGCAAAUCGUCCCUGGUUUCGGCUCUAUUCCGCCUCCUGGAUAUCUCCCAGGGCACAAUCACUGUCGACGGGAUAGACAUCAGUACCAUCCCCCGCGAAACAUUAUAUACCCGCAUUGUCUGCGUCACACAGACGCCCCAUCUCCUGUCGGGCACAAUCCGAGAAAACAUCGACCCAUUCGGCACCGCCUCCGACCCAGCCAUCGAGCACGUCUUGAAGGAAGUCAAACUCUGGGACACAGUGGAGUCACUGGGCGGGAUCAGCGUCUCCCUGACUGAUGAUCACUUCAGUGUGGGGCAGAAGCAGCUGUUGUGCCUGGCACGGGCCAUGAUUCGGGCCAGCUCGAUCCUCAUUCUCGACGAGGUGACGGCCAGCGUCGACUGGGAGACCGAUCAGCUGGUGCAGAAGAUCAUCCGCGAGCAUUUUGCGGAGAGGACGAUCAUCACCAUUGCGCAUCGGAUCUCCACCAUCCUGGAUGCGGACCGCGUGGCUGUCAUCUCGGAGGGGGAGGUCGUUGAGUUGGCCGCGCCCAGCGAGUUGCUCGCGCGCGAUCCUCCCAGUUUGUUUCGGGGAUUAUACAAUGCCAGCACUAUGAAUCUGGAUGCUAUUUGA